AUGGCGGACGACGAGGGCUUCGGAGACUUCAAUUUCGUCUCCGCCGCCACCUUCUAUCCCAGCCCCGCCACCACCCAACCACAAUUCGCCGCCUCCGACGACGAUUGGGGCGAUUUCGUCACCGUCGCCGCGCCUCCGGUCAAACCUCCCGUCGUCAACGGAUUCUCACCCGCCCCGGUCCAGGCCCAAGCACCGGCCGACCCGUUCGGGUUCUUCGACGCCGCGAAGAAGUCAGCCGGGUCGGAUCCGAAUCCAAUCCGGGUCGAGACUAAGCCCGACGGGGUGAGUAAGACGAGGCAGUGGGAGAAGCCCAAGGGGGCUUUGCCGUUGUCGUUGUUUGGGGAGGAGGAGGAGCAGGCGAGUCAGGAUUUGACCGGGUUGACUGAGAAUGAGGGAUUUGGGAGAAAGGAGUCGAAUUUGAAUGUGAAGAAGGGUCGGAUUGAUGAUUUGAUAUCGAAUUUGUAUGUUCAGAACGGGUCGGGUCCGAAUUCGGGUUCGGGUGGUGGUUUGAUUAGGAGGAGUAAUGGGAAUGGUGUUGAUUUGAAACUUGAGGGUGUAGAUAUAAAUGGGAGCUCGAAUUCGAGUGGGGUGAAGUUGAAUGAGGAAGAUGGGAAUGGGGAUUUUGAUGAGGAGGAUGAUGAUGGUUGGGAAUUCAAGGCUGCAGAGCCAGAGCAAAGGGGUGGAAAUGAGAAUUCAAAGGGACAAGGGGUUGUGGAAGUAGCAGAGGAAAGUCAUGAAGGAACUGGAUUUUCUGGGGGGUUUGGUAUUCCUGAGUUUAAUAAUGUGUCUGUUGCAUCUAAUGGAACUUCUCGUGGAAAUGGUGAUUGGGGUUUUUCAUUCGACUUCAAGCCAAGCCCUGUUACUCAAGAUAAUUUCUUCUUUGAAACAUACUCAAAAAGCAAGCCGACCAGUGAUGCAAAUGUUUCUGAUUCUUCUAGAGUUGAUGAUGAUGUGUGGGGAUUCAAGGAUGCAAUUUCAGAAACUGGAUCUGAACAUAAGUUGGAAGAGGCAAAGGCUGCUGCUCCUGCGGGUUUAGAAUUGCAUACAUUAGAUGGUGUUGUAGCUGGUCCUCCUAAUGACUUUUUCUCUGGGUCGGAUUGGGUCUCUCACCCGUCUUCUCGAAGUAACUUUGCAUUUCCUUUCAUCCCAAAAUCUGGCACUAAAGAUGGUGUGAUCUCAGAUUCCUAUUUCAAUGGCAAGAAAGAUGACAUAGCAACAGAGUUGAGUGGUCCUCCAGAUAAUAAUCGUGUUGAGUCAGAUGACAAUUUUUGGGAAUUUAAGGAUGCAUUUUCAGAAUCUGGGUCUAAUCUUGAGGGGGAGUCAGUGGUUGCCAGUAAUUCUCCUACCACUAUAACAUCAUCAGCAAUCGAUGGUGAAAAUCAAGUACUACAGCACAGUGAGGUAACAUUAAAUAAUCAUCGGCAAGCUUUACCCCUGUCCAUUUUUGGAGACGAGGAACUAGAAACUGGUGCUUCCUCAGUCCAUCAAGAUAUUCCUACUCAGACAGUAGCUUCCCACCAGAUAAAUACUGCCAGAAACCCUGCUACCAAUAUAUCCAUCACUGAUCUCAUAUCAAGCUUAUACAGUCAAGUGGAACAGAACACUAAAAUUGAUACGUCAAAUGAAACUGAAAUCACUACGCUUCCUGUGACGACAAUGUUAGAAUCUGAUUUUGGUGAUGAUGCUGAUGAUGACUCCUGGGAGUUUAAGGAUGCUGUUUCAGAAGAUCAAAAUCCAACUUCUAUUGCUAAUCUAGAAGAUUCACCUCUAAAUACUUGUACUAAAAUCCAGCUGGAUGACUUUGUGGAAUUAUACUGCAAGUUGAAACAUGAAUCAUAUUUUCUUGCACUCUACCAUCUUGACCAGAAAAAGAAAGCUCAAAGUAGUAUUUCUCUUUCUGGUGAGGAUGAAACAGAGGCUCUGGAUGAGGAAAUCCAGAAAUUAUAUAAUGAACUGCCUCAAGACAGCAUGAGAUCAGAUCAAUUCCAGUCAGGGAAUCAUUCACCAAGAAAUACAUGCCUUAACGAACUUCAUAAAGCUCUGCAGGAACUGAAGUUCCAAGUCCUUGAGUCAGAAUAUCAGUUGUCACAGAGACUAUCCUUGGCAGAGAAGGAUUUGACAUCAGCAAUUGAACUUCUAAGACAUGCAGCAUCCAUAUUAAGGAUUCUUAGACUCGGCUCAACGGAGGAGCAAUCUAGGUACAUUGCUGUGUGGUCUCAAAUGGUCUCCAUAUGUACCAAAGAGCUGAAACACGGCUCUUUAAUUUGGACGGAAUCAUUAGAAAAGAAUGUUCAGAAGGAGAUUAUAUUUGAACCUCAAGGCAAGCAGUAUAUCGUUGCUCUGGGAGAAAUUUACCGGGUUAUUUUGGUUCUUAGAGCCUCAACCAAAUUAUACAGCCCUUGGAUUCUAUUACAGUCCUCAGAUUGUUCUAGCUUGUUUGGUCUUUUAAACGAGUGUUCUACUAUAUGGUCAAGUUCAGGACUUGACGAAGCUCUCAGAAGUAUUUCAGAUAAAGAUGAUUUCAAAUAUGACGGACAUGUCAAUGCAUUACUGGAUUCCUUAACGUCUAUUAAUCAUCUCGACACAUUUUCUCUCCAAAACCAUUUUUUGAGUGGACAACAAGCUCUAUGUUCGCUGUCACUUUUAAGUGCAGCAGCUGUGCCAGGUAUUAAAAUGGUGGUGUGGAAUGAUGUACACUAUUUAUUGACACUCGCAAACUUGUGGAUUAAUUUAAUUGGUGGUGAGCUGCCACGAUUGCCGCACUUCAGUUUUAGCUGAGAAAAAAAACAUGUUGAAUGUAGUCAUGAUCAAAAGAACUUGGAGAUUUUGUCUGGCUGUAGUUUUGCCUUGAAUUCUUUGGUUACCUCUGAAACAGAGAUUUUGGGUUCUAUUCAAUGGACUGAAAUGAAGACUGACGAUAACCCGAAAAAGUUCUAGCGACUUCGGAAGCUCACAAUCAGGAAGAAAAAUCUCAAUUUGGCUUUUGGAAGAUCCACAAAACAGCCAAUCUGGUUGGUUUAAUCCUACCGAGUGUUGGUCCAAUUCUGUACUUAGUGUUGCCAUUCAUUUUUUGGGAGCCGUAGUAUAUUAGACAUUGGAAAUGUAGAAAUGUCUGUAUCACUGUGUGUAGUUGUGUGUGUGGUACUGGGUGAAUAAGAAACUAAAGAAAGCAUUCAUCUACCCAGUAAUAGAAUUUUGAAACGAGGAAGAGUUCCUCAAAUUUCCAAUUCAUACUUUCUUAGCCUGUAUUGCAAAAGUUCAUACUAUAAAGGAGGUGUGAAGUGAUUGAUAGUC